AUGAAUCAAGAACAAAAAACUGAAAACGUACGGCAAACACUCACCAAGAUGCCCAAUAAAGUUGUUAUUGUGAUGGUCGGGCUUCCAGCGCGUGGAAAAUCGUACAUCGCACAGCAGAUAGUUGCAUUUUAUCAAGACGCAUAUCAGGACAGUUCGAGCUGUCGAUUGUUUAAUGCAGGAAGAGAACGUCGUUUUAAGACUUUGAAGGUCACUGGGGAAUCAGACAGCAGUUCUCCUCAACUGUACCGCACAGUUACUCGCCAACGGCAUCACAUCGAUGAUCCCCAUCAGGGCUACCGUUUGCACGAAAAAUUCGUGGUUGAAAAACCUGAAUCUGAUGAGUCUGAUGGAGAUGAGGACGAUGACAACGAUACGGUUCGGAUGAGCACUAAUGAGCCAUACUCGUCGGAAUUGUCUGUCCCGCCAAACAUGCUCUUUGACACAGGAAACUUAGACGCCGUACAGGCUCGUGACCAAAUCGCGCUAGCCACCAUCCAAAAGCUGUGCAUUUGGCUAGAGUCACACGAUUCUCACCGCGUGGCUCUAUUUGAUGCCACCAACACAACCGUCGCACGAAGAGCCAUGACUUUUGAAACUAUUAGGGCACACACGUCCAAAAAGACACCCAUAAUAUUCAUCGAAAGCAUUUGCAAUGACGCAAAGACCAUCCACAACAAUAUUCUGCAUAAAGUUACUAUGUCUCCAGACUACUUGCGGAAUCCAGACAAAGAAUGGUGCUAUCGCGAUUUCCGUUCCAGACUACUGAACUACGAACGCGUUUACGAGACGUGCAACGUGGUAGAAGAAUUCAAGGACGACGCUUUUGUCGAUCAAAUCAAAGUGAUUGACAAAGGUGCCGACAUCGUUCCCCUACAAAAGACGUCACUGGCUCUUGACUGUGGUCUACUCGAUUUUUUGGAUCAUGUUUACCGGAAUCCUCACAAACCUUUCCAGGGGACAUUUCCACGUAUGUUGGAUUCCAUUUCUGCAGUUCGCUCGUCUUGCUCUUCUACGUCCUCAUCGUUGUUUUCUAUUCCAGGUCUUCUACUUGCCAAUGGCACCUUUGAACUCGAAAAUGCGCAGAAGAUUACAGACGAGGUAUUAGAGCAAGAAGAACUGCAGACCAUGCUACGCAACGUCUCUUUGCCCGGACAUAAACAGAGCAAGGGAUGA